GUAAGCCCAACUCUACCUCUAACUAAGGCUAAUGAUUAACUAACUAACCAUGGUUACUUUUCUCUCUCAUUUCAUUUCAAAGAUCUGUUACAAUCCAUAGGGUUUUCGAACCGUUAAAUUUUCGAAUAAAAUUCAUCAAAUAUUUUAAUUAUAAUUUGUUUACUGGUGAUUAUAUAUGGAGACUCAACCAUUAAUGGAAUUUUCUCAAAGGAGAAAUAUUGAUAACAAGCGACCUCGAAAACGACCUCGUUUAACAUGGGAUGUGGGACCACCAAUUAUUCAACCUCCAAUUCCUAAGGUUCUUCCAACAAUAUACUAUGGGCAAGAAUUUGGAAAUGGAGCAGGGCUGAAUUAUGCUUAUUCUUCGAUAUAUUACAAAGGGAUCCCUCAUAAUGGAUCCCCUCCUCGGAGACCGGAUGAUAAAGAUGGCCACUAUGUGUUUUCCAUUGGGGAGAACUUAACUCCUCGCUAUAGGAUACUCAGCAAAAUGGGGGAAGGGACUUUUGGACGAGUCCUUGAAUGCCUCGACAACGAAACGAAGGAACUUGUGGCAAUUAAAGUUGUUCGUUCAAUACAUAAAUAUCGAGAAGCAGCAAUGAUUGAGAUAGACGUCCUACAGAAACUUGUCAGGCAUGAUCUUGGUGGCAAACGUUGUGUGCAAAUAAGGAAUUGGUUUGACUAUCGUAAUCAUAUAUGUAUUCAGGUUUUUGAGAAGCUUGGUCCAAGCUUAUACGAUUUUCUUCGCAAAAACAGCUAUCGUUCAUUUCCCAUUGAUCUUGUACGGGAGUUUGGAAGACAACUUUUGGAGUCUGUAGCAUUUAUGCAUGAUAUGCGACUGAUUCACACUGAUCUGAAGCCAGAAAAUAUUCUCCUUGUUUCAUCAGAGUAUGUCAAAGUUCCAGAUUACAAGUUCCUGCUGCGACCUGCAAAAGAUGGUUCCUACUUCAAGAAUGUACCCAAGUCAAGUGCUAUUAAGCUCAUUGACUUCGGCAGUACUACAUUUGAACAUCAGGAUCAUACUUAUGUGGUGUCUACACGCCAUUACCGUGCUCCAGAGGUUAUUUUAGGUCUUGGAUGGAACUAUCCCUGUGAUAUGUGGAGUGUAGGUUGCAUACUUGUUGAGCUUUGCUCUGGUGAGGCUCUUUUCCAAACACAUGAGAACUUGGAGCAUCUUGCGAUGAUGGAAAAGGUGCUAGGGCCUCUUCCUCAGCACAUGGCUGUGAGAGCUGACCGCCGUGCUGAGAAAUAUUUUAGAAGGGGUGCAAGGUUGGAUUGGCCAGAACGCGCAACUUCAAGUGAAAGUAUGAGGGCUGUCUGGAAAUUGCCUCGUCUCCCGAACCUGAUAAUGCAACACGUGGAUCGCUCUGCUGGAGAUCUCAUUGAUCUUUUGCAAGGGAUGCUUUGUUAUGACCCAACAGAACGGCUGAAAGCUACAGAAGCAUUACGUCACCCCUUCUUCAGUAGAGAUCUGAGAAGCUUGGGAAUCUUCGUGUUUUUCUUUUUUGUUUUUUGAGCACAAUGGUUUGGGAAUCUUGUUUUUGGAGGAUGGUGGUGUAGCGGUUGAUAGUGACUGAUCCAGGAUUUGCACAUCUUGUUUUCUACUGAUGGUUGGAGCUACCAAAAACUAUAUAAAGGAAUGUAGCUUGUGAGUUGUGAGACUCGUUGCAACAUCUAACAUGUGGUUAACCUCUGGUCUCAAGGAUUUUACUAUCAAACCACAUAUUUACGUAAUGCUAUGGGUUCGUAUCCGGUUCUUUUACUUACUUUUAGUUUAAUAUUUUCAUAUUUCUGGCUGAACACCACUGUCUUGGGCCGAACCCAGAGCUACAUAGCAGGGUCUGCCAGUGCUCAUUGACAUUAAGUUUCCUGGAUAUAAAUGUUAUCCCCUAUGCAAUGCAUCUGGAGGCAGUUUGAAUGGUUGAUUAGUGCUCUUUGAUUGUUGUAACUGAGCAAAAUCUUGAGCAAAAUCUUUUCUAAGGACAACACUUAGAUAAAACUUUAGAUAAUGUUCUUUGUAAAAGCCUAAACAUUGGCCUCCGUAACAGCAAGCACCAUCUUGUUGAUUCCUCUCUGGUGCGUGUAUACAGUCUGUACAGUAUGUAUAAAAUAGCCGUUAAGUGUUGGAGUGAUGACAAGGCUCAAAUUGUAGCAGAGACAUUGCCGGUUGAACUUUCCAUUUUCUCAAGUUUUUGUGAUGGUUCACUGCAAUAUCUAACCUAAUAUGCUCUCAUUGCAUCCUUUUUGAGCUGUAAUUGCUGGCAAGAGUAAUGUAGUAUACCUAAUGGAAUCUAUAUUGCUCCGACUCUUCAUAAAUGCUACCACACUCGUGUCGGAUCCUUCAAAACUGCACUACUCUUGGAGGACUCUCGACACGCACCCAGCGGCAUUUUUGAAUGGUCCAAGCAACAUAGAUUGGAGUAUUAUAAGCUGCCUUUUGGUGAUCUAUCAUAAUAAUCCCAAUUCCCAUCUUUGUUAAUGCCAAAGAGAUUUAGUAGUUGGCC